AUGCAUUCUUUUUACUAUUUUCAAUGUUAUUUACACUACAGAGAUGGAAUGGAUGAACUGAUGGACGUCCUGGAACGGCAUAAUAUCCCUGUGCUAAUAUUAUCAGCUGGCAUAGGAGAUGUUAUCCGAGAAGGGUUUCAUCAGCAAUCGACAUUCCAUGACAAUAUUGAAAUAUUGUCAAAUGUGAUGAUCUAUAAUGACGAUGGAUAUUUUAUCGGUUUCCAGGAAGACGUUAUUCAUUCAUUUAAUAAAACUAGAGCUUCGGAGCAUAAUUCAUCUUAUUUUAUAAAGAAUAAAGAACGUGACAAUUUGAUAUUGAUGGGCGAUACGGAAGGUGAUUUACAUAUGGCUGAUGGUAUUGAUUACUUACGAAAUAAAGUUUCUAUUGGCUUCCUAAAUGUAAAGGUGAACGAACUGCUAGAUUCGUAUAUGGCACAAUAUGAUAUCGUUAUUGCUGGGGAUGAAAGCAUGCAUUUUGUUACUAGACUUCUAAAGACUGUGUUUGACAACGUGAGCGUUGCUGUUAGCUAG